CUUAAGCCAAUGGAAUCAAUCCAACCUGAGGCCUCUGGAAUAUUUCCUUAAAAUAUUUAGAACUCUGUCAUGUACCCAAGAAUCCUGUUCAUCAUCAACUUUGAAGUAUACUCUUUUCCCAGUCUUUUAACUUUUCAACACCUCCUUUGAAAUCUGUAGUUUGUAAUACUUUGUAUUGAUCCAAAAUAUUCACUCAACAAGGACCAAGUAAGUAAUUGGAGGAUUCCCAGAGAGAAGAGCAUUUCCCUCUACUCUCUUCUUUUUUUAUUAUUAUUGUGAAGGUUUGUAUGUCGAGCAAGUGGUCAUGGCCAAUAUUGUCAGUAAGCUCUGCUUGAGAGCUCUGCUCCUCUUCUUCUUCAUUUCUUUCUCUGUUCAAGCACACAGCUUUCUAAGCUGUGAGACUAACUCACCAGAUGCUUUCGGCUACCGCUGCAAUGGUGUUGGCUUGCAGGACCAAUGUGAAACUUAUGUCAUGUUCUACACCAAUUCAUGCUACUCGUCUCUUUUUAAUCUGAGCUUCUACUUGGGCCUCAAUGUUACAGCCAUCGCCGAUGCCAGUGGGUUCUCUGCGGAUACCAAGUUUCUUCUCCAAGAUCAGCCUUUGCUGAUCCCAAUUGAUUGUAGAUGUGAUGAUAGCUUCUUCAAGGCUGGAAUUACAAAGACUACCAUCGAAGGAGAGAGCUUUCAUGGAAUUGCAAAAUCACUGGAAGGCUUGACGACCUGCAAAGCAAUCAGAGAACAGAACCCCUAUAUCCCUCCAUGGGAUCUCAAAGACAAAGUUCAGUUACUGAUCCCACUGAGAUGUGCUUGCCCAUCCCCGUUACAGCUCACACAAGGAACAAGACUUCUUCUCACUUAUCCUGUUAGUAAAGGUGAUACAAUCCCAAACCUUGCCUCUAAGUUUAAUACUACUGCAGAAGCUAUAAUCUCUGCAAACAACAAAUCAGGAGGCUUUAAGUUUGAAAGCCCAGAACAAUUUUCAAGUAUUCUGAUUCCCCUCCAGAAUAAACCCAUCCUUGAUCUUCUUUCUAAACCCCCUGAACCCAAUUCGGGGAACCCUGUGACUAGCAUCCCUGUUAUUAAUCCCGGCAAGCAUCAAUCAAAAAAAUCAGCAAUGUGGAAAAUUGUACUCUAUAUUGCACUCAGUGGGGUAGCACUAGGAGUUUUUGUGGCCAUUGCAGCAGUGAUCUUGGUGAUCCAGUGGAGGAAGAAGAAGCCAAAUAUUCUCGAGAAUGAAGAUGUGGAACUGCAACAACUAAGUAUAAGAACUACCAGCGAGAAGAAAUCGUCGUUCGAAGGCCAGCAAGAUCCUUUCGAUAGUCAGGUCCUUGAGACCACCACACCCCACAAGAUGGUAUUAGAGACUUACAACAUUGAGGAGCUAAUAAGAGCCACAGAGAACUUCAAUUCCAGCAAUGUGAUCGAGGGAUCCACGUUUCAUGGCCGCCUCAAUGGGAAGAAUCUUGCCAUCAAGAGGGUACCACCAGAAACAAUCUCCAAGAUUGACUCUGAACUUUUUCAUGACACCUCCCACUACAACCAGCCAAACAUAAUUCGACUUCUGGGUACCUGUUUGAUCGAUGACCCUGAUUCAUUCCUGGUUUUUGAGUAUGCCAGGAACGGUUCCUUGAAGGAUUGGCUUCACGGAGGAUUAGCAGUGAAGAGUCAAUUCAUUGCUUCUUGUUACUGUUUCCUAACUUGGAAGCAAAGGCUGCGGAUAUGCUUGGAUGUGGCUAAUGCCUUACAGUACAUGCACCACAUCAUGAACCCCAGCUACAUCCACAGGAAUAUAAAGAGCAGAAACAUCCUUUUAGAUGAAGAAUUCAAUGCCAAGAUCGGAAAUUUUGGAAUGGCGAAGUGUGUUGAGGACAAUUCUGAGGAUUCUCAAACACUUUCAUCAGAUCCAACCACUUGGGAUAAAGGGUAUUUAGCUCCUGAGUGUCUUCUUCACGGGAUUGUUUCUCUGAGCACUGAUAUAUUUGCUUAUGGGGUGGUCUUGCUCGAGGUCUUAUCAGGUCAAACUCCCUUAACCCGGGCCGAUGACAAGGGAGUAGGGAUUGUUCGGCUUUCAGAUAAGAUCAAAUCCAUAUUAAUGUCGGAGGAUGCGAAUGAACUCAGAGACUGGAUGGACCGUGCAUUGGGAGAGAAUUAUUCAUUCGACGCAGCAGUGACGUUAGCUAAUCUCGCAAGAUCGUGUGUGGAAGAAGACCCAUCUUCAAGGCCAAGUGCAGGGGAGAUCGUUGACAAGUUAUCCAGAUUGGUGGAUGAAUUACCAGAGAGUGAACAAAUCUCAACGACCUGCGAAAGUUCUUCAAAACCUCUAGCGAAGUUAACUUCAAGCGAUCUGUAAAUAUGCAGUUUAAAUACGAAUCCAUCGAUCCUGGAGGAAUAUGGACUAUGGAGUUGUUUGCAGUCUUGAGUCUCUCUAAAUAUGUGUCUGUAGUGAGAUACUGUAUAUGGACUAGUUUUGAGUUCCAAGUUUCUAGUGUGAUAGGAAUUGCGAAUUCGAUUGGGGCAUUUCGUCGAACGAAUUGUCCCUAAUCACUGUAAGCAGGAAGUACAGAUUAUUCAAA